AUGGGCGAGACUGUCUUUGAGCUCGCGGCUGCGGUGCAAAGCUACGAUUGGGGAGUGUUGGGCAAGGAUGGCUCGACGGUGUCUGAAUUUGCAGGCGUCAUUCCGGGAUUCGACAAGGAGUAUAGCGCGGACAAGCCCUACGCAGAGCUAUGGAUGGGUACACAUCCUUCGCUCCCGUCCCGGAUAGUGCCAAGCUCGGACUCGGUCAGCUCGACAGAGCAAGGCGCUUCUAGCACGGCUAGCAAGCUCGAAUCUCUUUCGGACAGGCUAUCAGCUCAGCCGGAGCUCCUCGGUGACACCGUGCGGAAGCACUACGGCAAAGAUGAUCUGCCGUUCUUGUUCAAAGUGCUCGCGAUUGGCAAAGCGCUCAGCAUCCAGGCUCAUCCUGACAAGCAACUGGCAAAGAGAUUACACAAGGAGAAGCCCGACGCUUACAAAGAUGACAAUCACAAGCCUGAGAUGGCUAUUGCCAUCACCGCGUUCUCCGGCUUCUGCGGCUUCAGACCGCUCCAGGAGAUAGCCGACUUUCUCGACGGCGUACCCGAGUUCAAGAGCGUCAUCGAUGCAACGGACGCAUCGGCGUCAGAAGCGUUCCUGUCUGCGGUCAGAGAAGCGCCCAAGCAGCUGGUCUCAAAAGGCUACAGGACAGCGGCGGGCUCGAGCGACGUCACUGCAGACGCGAAGAAGCUACAGGACGCUCUGAAGGAUCUGUUCGCUGCUCUCAUGAAUGCGCAUCCCGAAAAGGUUGUAAAGCCUGAAGUUCGCAAGCUCGUGCAGCGCUACAAAGCAGAAGUAUACUCGCAAGAAGGCAAGGCUGAUACGUCUGCCGACUUCCCCUCGGGGUCGAUCGAGGAGCUCGUCGUCAGACUAGACGAGCAAUUCAAGAAUGAUGUCGGCAUCUUCUGCUCCUUCGUUCUCAACGUCGUCACCCUCGAGCCCGGACAGGCCAUCUUUCUCAAAGCCAACGAGCCCCACGCGUAUCUCACUGGCAAUAUCGUCGAGUGCAUGGCUACCAGUGAUAAUGUCGUUCGCGCUGGCUUGACGCCAAAGCUUCGCGACACACCCACGCUCAUCAACAUGCUCACUUAUACCUUUGGACCUUCGGACAAGCAGCUGAUGACACCACAGUCAUUUCAGCAAGCCAGAUACACAAAAUUAUACGACCCACCAAUUGAGGAGUUCAGUGUCGCGCUUAUCGACUUGCCAGAAGGCAAGGAAGAGACCCAUGCACCCAUAGGCGGGCCCAGUAUCAUGAUUGUCACGGCCUUAGAGGGAGAGGCGAGACUCUCGGUUGGCGAUCAGACUGCUUGCAUCAAGCAAGCCGGCCAAGUCUACUUUAUUGGUGCCAACGAAAAAGUCACACUCUCUGGCAACCACCUCGUGGCGUAUCGUGCAUUCGUUGAGGUCUGA